GCAGCUGCACAUGGGCACUGGGAAGUGAAGCUCAAUGGAAGCCCCUGCCCUUUGCCCUUAGUUUCCCUUCAAGUGUAUGGGGGAAGGUGCGUGAGCCUGGCGCCUGCGUAGCUGUGGAGAGCAAGAUACAAGCAACUGCUGUCCUGCCCUUACACAGCCAUCUUAUAGCUGUGUGUCUGCUGUGCUGUAUGUCCUUCUCUUCCAGCUGGGGAAAAAGCUUAAUUGUGAAGAUGAUAGAUCCACUAGCAAACAACUUGUUUGAUCUUCCUGAGUACGAUGAUACAGAAGAUGAAACUUUUCCACCUCUUCCACCUCCUUCCUCCCCAGGGAGAGAUGAUGUUGAAGGAGCCCUCGCUAAUGAAGAGCAAGAUGGAAAUAAACCAUCCCAAACGAAGGAUUCUACUGUGUCUAUACAGAAGGCAGUUAAAAGGCCAAUACCUAAAUUAGAUGCUCAAAGGAUAAUUUCAGAGAGAGGACUUCCAGCCUUGCGACAUGUAUUUGAUAAUGCAAAAUUUAAGGGUAAAGGACAUGAGACAGAGGACUUGAAGACACUUUUACGACACAUGGAACACUGGGCUCAUAGGCUGUUCCCUAAACUGCAGUUUGAUGAUUUCAUGGAGAGAGUAGAGUCUUUGGGAAAUAAAAAGGAAGUUCAAGGACCCCAAUGUGGUUUUCUUCCUUCUGGACUAUGCAGGACAUCAGUGAUUGAAAUGUUAGUAAAGACCUGCUUAAAGCGAAUUAGGCUUGAUCUUCCAAUUUUGCAUGAAGAUUUUACAAGUAAUGAAGGUAGUGGAGGGGGAAAUAAUGGGCUCAAAAUGUUUCCUGAAGAAGAAUUAGACCCCUUUUCUGAACAUGUGAAGGAAGAAUUUGAUUCUCACUCAAGUACUGCCCUGACAGAGGAGCAACAGCGAAGAAUUGAGAGAAACCGGCAACUAGCCUUGGAAAGAAGACAGGCAAAGUUGCAAUUUAACAGUCAGUCACAACAAAAUGAUCUGUCUGCCACCCAGCCAAAUGAAGAAUUUAAAACAAUUGUGGCUCGGGAUCCAGCUGACCUGACAGAAGUAGAAAUUCAAGCUACUGAUAUGGAAGCUGUAGACAAAGAUAUACAACUUAAAGGUGCAGAAGAAAUCAAAUAACCUUUCCAUCUGGAUACAAUGACGUUUUAGAAAGACCCAGAUAUCUUAAUAUGCUCAAGUGUCACUGACUUCUCCCUCCCUCCCCUUUAAACCUUGGACAUUCUAUGGAAAUCUUAGUCAUGACAUCAAUGUAGCUGGACCAAAUUCAUCCGUUUCUCUGUGUAAAAAAGCAGAUAUCAGCUCUAGUAACUGUUUUCUCCAAUACCGUAAUUCAGGAAAGGAAACACAACUGCUCUCUCUUUCAACUGUUUUAAAAAAAACUUGCGUUUUCCACAGAGACAAAAAAAGGUAUCAGUGAAAAUACUGACGUUAAUUUCUUGGACCUAUACUAUGAAGUGACUUUUUUUAAAAAAAUUUAUACAAUUCACAUUCCUCAAGUUUAACUUACCUGGGUCUUGAAAGCCUGAGUUUGUAUAAAGUUUUUUACAUCAUGUUAA